AUGGAUCCACCACGAGGCUCGAUGUCUUCAGACGCAGCUACAUCAGCCGAUGAUCCCACCACUGUGCCUCGGAUCAGAUUCCAAACAGCCGAACUCCUUACCCAGGAGAUUUACAAGACGCCAGGCGAUAUCCUCUAUGUUGAAGAUGUAUCUCCACAGGACUUCUCUGCUAUCGAGAAGUUUAGGGAAGACCACAACCGAAAAUAUCGGUUUAGGCGGUUUUACCCAGAACAUAAUCUACUUAUUAUUGCAAUCCCAACUAAGUGUCACGAAGCAAUGCGCAGUAAUUUAGACCAAGAAAUCACCCUAAGGAUUCGCGACAUGGGGUUAAGGUACCACUGGCUCUCAACUGGUAGCGCAACUCAUCGGCAAGAAGGAGACGGCAGCGUGGGAUCUGGGGAAGGUGACUCAAGCGGGCACCCAAUCCAACCAGGGCAAAGGAGCUUUCGAAGAUGGCCUACGCUUGUUAUCGAAGCAGGGUAUUCACAAUCUCUACAGCAACUACGGGAUGACAUAGGGUGGUGGUUCAAGGAGUCAAAUCACCAGGUCAAAAUCGUUCUUCUAAUCAAGUUUCAUCCCGGAUCAUUGGAAAAAAUAACGAUUGAACAAUGGCGAGAGCGGCCUGUUGGCUCUUCUGGUGUGUACCUUGAGCCCGCCUGUCAGCAAGUUAUCAACAUCACGAGGAACUCAGCCACUGCAAACAGAACGCUUCCGUUGUCGUACAGCGUCACUGGAGGUGCACUAGAGCUGAGAUUUUCCGACCUCUUUCUUCGGCAUCCAGGCCAAGGGGAGGGAGACAUAGUUGUUGAGGUCGAGGAUUUGCAAUGGCUUGCUGCUACUGUCGGGCACAGCCACUUCUGA